CCAUGGGCGCGCUGCGGCGGGCGGCGCUGGCGCUGGCGGCGCUGCUGGGUGUCUCCUUGGCCGUGCUGGAGGUGCACGUGGGGACGAGCCUGGUGUUCUCUGUGGAGGGGCAGCAGGCAGUGCUGCCUGUCUGGUACAGCAGCCACUCCCACAAAGAGCCCUACAUCACCUGGAUGCUGAACAAGAAACCUGCUCCCUUCCAGAUCCUGUCAGUCAUAGGCGGGGUGGUGAAGGUGGAGGAGACAGAUCUGAAGGCCCGCGUGGGGUUCCUGCACCCCAUCGAGACCCGCAACAUCUCGCUGCUCAUCAACGCCACCCGCGAGCAAGACUCGGGUCAGUACAUGUGCACUGUCAAUGUGGUGGAUGACAUCAUCAGGAUGCACAAGAACGUCGGCCUCAUCAACCUCACCGUGCUGGUGCCACCGGCCACCCCCACGUGCCAGCUGCACGGCAACGCCGUCGUGGGGGCCAACGUCACCCUGAGCUGCUCCUCCAAGAAGGGGAAGCCCUCGCCCGUGUACCAGUGGCAGCGCGAGCCGCCCACCCUGCAGGUCUUCUUUCCCCCUGCCCAGGACCGGGCCAAGGGCACCCUCAAGCUGACCAACCUCUCCCUGGAAAUGUCGGGCGUCUACGUCUGCAGGGCUGAAAACCAAGCAGGUUCUGAGAACUGCAGCAUUGUCCUGGAGGUACAAUCAACAAGCACCAAAGCAGUCAUCGCCGGCGCCGUGCUGGGCUCCCUGGGUGCCCUUGCCACCAUCAUCUUCUUUGCCCAGAAGUUUGUUGGCUACAGGAGGAAAAAACGUGACAGCCAGGAGGAAGGAGCCAACGAGAUCAAGGAGGACGCCGUGGCCCCCAAAACCCCAUCGUGGCCGAGGAGGCCGGCCUCAGACACCCUGUCCAAAACCAGCACGCUGUCGUCCAUCGCGGGCACGCGGCCAGGCUACGGAGCCAGAGCCCCGUCCGACACCGCCUCCAUCCUCACCAGCACCGGCAGCUACCGGGGCCCCCCUCCCCGGGCGGGGCCGCGGCCCCCCAGCCUGUCCCCCCCCGCCGCCAACGGGACCCCCCGGCGCCGCCCGGAGCCCCCCGCCCCCGCCGCGGGCGCGCUGCCCCCCUCCAGCCUGGCACGGGCCGGAGCCGUGCCAGUCAUGGUGCCAGCGCAGAGCCGAGCCGGCUCCUUGGUGUGAGCAGCCCCAAAACGGGGUGCCCGC